CCUCCCUCUCUCCCUGAAAAAAAAAAAGGAAAAUCCCAAAUCACCUCACCGAAAAGGCAAAAAAUGACAAUCGGUUCCUCCAAGAAACGGCAGCGCGUUCUCCCCACCUCCACCCCCUCCUCCUCCUCCUCCUCCACAACCUCCUCCUCCACCACAACCAUCACAACCGCCACCACCACUACAAAACCCUUCUUCAACGACCGCAACUCCGGCGACGUCGCCAUCCGCCUGUUCUUCGAACUCUCUCCCUUCGACUCCUCCCCCACCACCAUUCCCACCUCCACCUCCACCUCCACCAACACCAACGAAAACAGCAUAUACGAAGGCAUCCAGACUCAGAUCUACCUCCACUCCCACGUCCUCCACCGCUCCAAAUACUUCUCCGCCCUCUUAUCCGACCGCUGGCAAACCCAAACCCUAACCCAAUCCCAAUCCCAAACCCAAAAACCGUUAAAACUCAAUCUAGGUAUCCCACCGACCCCUACCUCCCUCCAAUCUUACAGAACCGUCCUCCAACUCCUCUACACUCCCGAUCUCUCCAAUUCAAUCGAUUCCGUCUCCACGGCUCUCGAUCUCCUCCCAAUCGCCCUCAAACUCCUCUUCGAAGAUCUCGUCAAAUCGUGCGUCACUUAUCUCGAGUCCGUGCCGUGGACCGAGGCCGAGGAGCAGCGAGUUCUGAGCAUCGUCCCUCUCUUGAAACAAGACGAGAGCCAAGAGCUCCUCUCUCGGCUCUCGCCUCCCACCGAACCCGAAGAAAUGCUGCACUCUCUGGUCUCGUCCGCGAUCAACAAGUACCCGAACAUGGCCUUCGUCAAGGCCUUCGUGGCCAAGCUGCUUCGAGACUACUCGACUCGAGACUCCGCCAAGCGGGUUCUCGAGGCGGAGUUCGAGAAGUGCAUUCGCGUUGUCAAGGAGUCGCUGGAGGACUACUCGAGCCCCGAUUUUAGAGGCGAUCAUAACGAGACCGAGGCGAUACAGAGGCUGAAUCUUCAUAAGGCUAUGACUAAUGGGAAGCAUUUGCUUUGGUUGAUCGAGAGGAUGAUUGAGUUGAGGGUGGCGGAUUUCGCCGUCAAGGCGUGGAGCGAGCAGGCGUCCUUCACUGCUGAUUUGCAGCGGGCGUUUCAGGAUGGUGCUUGGCGGAAUAUCGUCCCCGGUUUGCCUGCUGUCGUGCUUAGGUGCACGUCUAAGCUCGCCAAUGCUGUCGCGGCCGGCACCAUUUUGGCCACUAAACAGAUUAGAAAGAAGCUUGUGAAAGAGUGGCUUCCUGUUCUUGUUGUUUGCAAGGACAAUGUCUCACCUAUGUCGCCCAGUAACAAAUCACUAUACCUGGAACUGGAGGAGACAUUCCUAAGAAUAAUCUCUACGCUGCCCAUGUCUGAUUCACAGGAGCUGUUGCAGCAAUGCCUCAGCUUUUCAACCCGAAAUGUUGAUGAUUGCCCUCACUUGUUAACAGCAUUCGACACCUGGUUCCGCCGUGCUGCCCGACCUUCACAAACAGAUGACCUCUGUUAGAAAUGUUGUGGUUAUAGAUUAUUGUUGCACCAUUGUAAUGCUGUCAUUACUGAGGUUUAGUCUUUCCUGUCAAAUAUUGUGCAUAUUAACCAGUGUUUAGAUAGAACUUUGUGUGUACUGUGGAUAUAAACUGGAGGUGAACUUUGUGUGUAUUGUGUAUAUAAACUGGAUCAUUCUCACAUCCGCAAGGACCGCAACAGAAGCAAGUCUGAAUGCAUUUGAAAUCCUUCCAGAUA